UGUGUGUAGACUGCCACAAGGAAUCCUAGAGCAGCAUCACUUUUGUAAACAGACCCGUCAGAUAUCCUCUCCUCAACGUGCCAAGUUUAGGCCAUGCUAAUUAAACUGUCAAGAAUUACUCGAUGCAUCUAAUUUGACGAAACAACGCUGAACAUUAACUGAAUGUUAACGGACGCACGUUUCUGACUGAUGUAGUAGCGAUCAACAUGCAUGAUGUUUGAAUAAUGUAUGUGGUAAUAUCUUUUAGACUAACUAUCUCCCAUGGAUGAAUCAGUUUACUUUAAUUGGCAGUAUGAUCAUCGAUGCCACAGUAGGAUCAUCAAAACUUUGUUGCAAAUAUCAUGUUUCAUUGAAGGCAUCCGAGAGACAUCGAAGACAAUGAAACUUGACAUUUGCACAAAGUCCAUCCCAGUACUGAGGAUUGAUUCCCUGCUUCGACCCUCUGCGACUACUUGGUGUCCGUCUGAGUAACCGUGUCCCGUCAUGUGCUGUGCUUCCCCAGGGCCAUGGGGGAGGUGCAUGGGCAGCGACUGCGGACCCGGUGGCAGCCAGAGCCGCGCCGUCUGGUGCGCCCACGUGGACGGCUGGACCACCCUGCACACCAACUGCGACCAGGCCCAGCGGCCCUCCAACCAGAGGAACUGCUUCCGCGUGUGCGACUGGCACAAGGACCUGUACGACUGGCAGCUGGGCGCCUGGAACCAGUGCGUGCCCAUCUCGGCGAGGGCCAACGGAGCCCCGCAGCUGGCGCUGUGCCACGGCGGCGAGGAGGGGACUCAGCUGCGUGAGGUGGGCUGCGUGCUCCGAGCGGACGGGUCCCCGGCGGACGACGCCAUCUGCGAGUACUUUGAGCCCAAGCCCCGUCUGGAGCAGGCCUGCCUCAUCCCCUGCCCGCAGGACUGCGUGGUCUCCCAGUACUCGCCCUGGACCUCCUGUUCAAAGACCUGCGGCACUGGCCUCAAGAACCGCGUCCGCAGCGUCCUGGUGCCCCCCAUGUUCGGGGGCGCCGCCUGCCCCAACCUCACCGAGUUCCACACCUGCAGGCCGGGCCCUUGCUCCACCCCUGAGGGGGUGUACAGCCUCCGGAUCGGGGCCUGGGGCCCCUGUGCCCUGCCUCAGACCCGGCCCGCCCGCCAGGCCAAGCGGCGGAGGGGCAAGGGCCCGGGGGGCAGGGACAAGGUGGGUCUCAAAGACCCAGAGGCCCGGGAGCUGAUUCAGAAGAAGCGGACCAGGAACCGGCUGAACCGGCAGGAGAGUCCCUUCUGGGACAUCCAGGUGGGGUACCAGACCCGUGACGUGACCUGCAACCACUGGAACGGGACCACCGUGGAGCUACACGAGUGCACGCCCAUGGACCUCCCGCACACCGUCCAGUCCUGCCUCCUCCCCAAGGACUGCCAGCUGAGCGCCUGGAGCGCCUGGGGCCCCUGCUCCAACGCCUGCUCGGACCCCGAGGCGCCCGGCGGGGCCCGCUCCCGGGGCCGCAGCGUGCUCCAGUUCGCCAUCGGCGAGGAGGGGGUCCCGUGCGAGGCCCUGGGGGAGACGGAGGCCUGCGAGCCGCCAGGGGAGGGCCCGCUGCCGCCGUGUCCCACGUACACCUGGCGUAGCACCGAGUGGAGCGACUGCCGGGUGGACCUGUUGCUAAGCCAACAGGACCGUCGGCGCGGCAACCAGACGGGCCUGUGUGGCGGGGGCCUGCAGACCAGGGAGGUGUACUGCGUCCAGGGCAACGCCGAGAUCCUCACCUACCUCAGCGACCUGCGGGACAAGGACAGAGGUGAGAGGAAGCCCCUCAAUCGUCACCUGGAGGUCGUGGGUUCGAGUCCCCGUCCUCGUUUCCUUACGCACUUUUAGAAUAGGAGGCUAUUCUGAGAGAGGAUUAUAGGGGGCUAUCCGUGCUGUAAAACUUUCAAGGAUUAUUAAGCGAAAACAUGAACAAAGAACAUUUACGUAUUAAGCAUCAAGAUCUCAUCUCACGCCCUUUUAAUAGGGUUGAUAAUUAUACUACUAGAAUAGUGUUACACGCCAGUCUCAAGCAAAGGGUGAAGUGUCGAAAAAGAGUAAUAUCACCCCUUUAAGAUAUGUCUUUUUAGAUCUAGAAAAGGCAAUUUUUAACGACCACAUGUUGUGUGUAAGUGUAACUCAUUGGAAGGUUAAUGUGUUCAUUGUUCUGGUAACGUGACCGUGCAGUCGGGGACAGAUUAUAC